ACAUGAACUCGGAGGAAUCGAGAGAGGGAAUAGAAGUGGCGCCUAGGCUCAAUUUAAAAUCGGCGCGGCUACAAUAUAAUGAUAAACUGAUAUCAGCCGUUCAGAAGCGCCCCACAAUAUGGGAUUGCAGGAGGACCGACUACAAAGAUCAGAGAAAAAAGACAGCUGCGUGGGAGGAUGUCGUCGCUGAGAUCGGUCGCGACCCAGAAGGUUCCACUGCCCAAGCUCGUUGGAAGAGAUUGAGAGACACGUUCUCCAAGAAACACCGCACCUGGAAGACAGGUGCGCCAAGUGGUUCGGGUGCUAGCGAUGGAAAAGAAGUCCGCUGGCCUUAUUUUAAACUGCUCCUGUUUUUAAAGGAUUUAGUCGAUGUCGGAAGCACUACAAGCAAUCUCCCGCAAGCUGAGCCAGAGAAUGCAGAAGCCCUCCUGAUGAGCAUGUGUCGCCAAGUCGAAUACACACAAGACGAAUCUGGAUCCCAUGGCAGUGAGUCGCCUGUGCCUGGGACUUCCAGCACGACUGAUGAAGAGACGCCAGUUGAAGUAUGCCGUAGUGUUACUCCAAAGAAAACACCAGCAGUCACGGUGAAAAAAAAGCGACAGAGACUUGAUGAAGAAAUUUUAAGUGUAGACAACAUCCUUAAAAAAGAUGAAGACGAGCCUGCCGUAUUUGGGCAGCUAGUCGCGCAUAGAUUGAGAAAUUUCCCUAAACGACAGCAGUCAGAAUUACAAGUUGAAAUACUACAGUUGCUGAACAUGCACGAAUACAGUUGA